ACUUAACAUGGCUGCCCCCAUAGUUCAAUACGUCGUCGUUAGAAAAGACUUAAUAUCCUCUUUAAAGUGGCCAAUUGGUGCCGUGAUUGCUCAAGCUUGUCAUGCUUGUUCGGCAGUAAUUCAUACAUUUUAUAGCGAUGAACAUACAAAGAAUUACUUGGCUGACUUGGAUAGAAUGCAUAAAGUCGUUUUGGAAAUUAAAGAUGAAAAAUCUCUUCACGAAUUAGCUAGCCGACUAACCGAAGCCGAAGUGGAUCACAAAUUGUGGAUUGAACAACCUGAAAAUAUACCCACUAGUCUAGUUACGAAACCUUAUCCGAAAUCUUUAAUUGAAAAAAAUUUUAAAGGACUUAAAUUAUUCAAAUAA